AUGGUGGGUGCACGGGGGCAGCCGCUGUGCGGCUUGGCUUGCGUCCUCGUGACACUGGUAUGGGUGCAGAUGAUUGGAAGCAUGGGGGGUGCCGCGAUUGGGGCCAACGCGUUGCGCGCGGUCAACGUGUCCAACACCGCGCUGCCGCGCGAUCAGCUGGGUCAGCGCCUGCUCACGGGCGAAGCCGACGUCCUCGAACAUGAGGGCACCUACUAUUUCUAUUUCAACAAUUGGGGCGGGUGCCCGGGCGUUGACUGCUGCGCCACCGGCAACUGUGCCACCUGCUGCUUCACCGCCCGCCCCUACACGGAUCCCUGCGUCUACACGGCCAACCACACGGUCGUCGUCUACGCCACGCAGGACUUUGCCAACUUCACCUACCUCGGUGUCGCCCUUCCCACCUCAGCUCGCCCCGAACCCCGCAUCGAGUUUCGCCCCCACGUCGUUUACAACGCCCGCGACGCCCGCUUUGUCAUGUGGUAUGAGAGCCGCAUCAUCGGCGGUGCCAGCAUGUACGCCGUGGCCGUUAGCGAGACCCCCCAGGGCCCCUUCACCACGCUCACCGAAAACGUUGCCAUGGCCGGCUCGGGCCGCAUCGGCGACUAUGAUAUUUUCGUUGACGAUGACGGCAUCGCCUAUCACGUGCGCACCGGCUUCGUCGUCGAGCAACUCACCGCCAACUAUACGGCCAGCACCGGCAACUUUACCACCUUCUCCACCCCGCAAGCCGCCGAAGCCCCCAUCAUGUUCAAGCGCCAGGGCACCUACUACAUGAUUGCCGGCACCGGCUGCUGUGCCUGCCGGGGUGGCUCCACCAUCUAUCUCUUUGCUGCCUCGCACCCCUUGAGCACCUACACCUAUCUCGGGGACUUUGGCAGCAACACCACCCAUGCCUUUGAUCCCGCCUCCCCCUGGAACUACGUCACCCGCAGCCAGCCCACUGCCGUUUUUCGCGUCCCCAGUCCCACCCGUGCCGCCUCCAUGGGAUCGGAAACCCUGUCCCACGACGACCAGUACAUCUUUCUCGGUAAUCAGUGGGUAACGGCCGCUGAGCCAGGCCACCCCCGCAAUCACGACCUGCUCUACUGGAGCCAGCUCUCCUUCACCGCCAACAACUCGAUUGAGCACCUCCAGUGGCAGGACGCAGCCACCAUUCAUCUCCCUUGA